AUGUCGUUGCUUCCUCCAGGCAGAUCCUCGAGAUGGCAAAGCUUUAUCCCAUACAUUCGGCGCAACACGUCGUUCGGCUCUGAUACGUCGGGGCAUGGACAACACGGUGGCAUCACCAAACUUUUAAAGUACCAGAAGCGGUUUCCCACAUAUUGGCUUCAGGGGUCAAUGACCAAUACUGUUCUUGUGUUAUAUCGCAUUUAUUUUGUGUUUGUUUCUCUGAUAAUCGGGCUGGCGUUCGGUAUGAAUCUGCUGAUGGCAUGGUUUAUCGAGUGGCUGCAGGACCUCAUAAACCUCCGCGAUUUCUACGAGCGUCAGGGGGGGUCGUACGACUACGCGAGGCUAGUCAUAUUCUUCGCCGUGGUAAGCCGCUGCUACGUUCUGAUCCGUCUCUUGAGCUACCUCACGUGCUCGGCCACGCACUUCCUCUACGACAUGCUGGGCGCCGCGGAGUUCCAGCUGUACCGCUGCUGCCUGACCGGCAAGGCCGCCGUGGUGAUGGACCAGGCCACGGUGCCAGACUCCACCUCGGCCUUCCAGGCCUGCAGGGAGGCCGACCAGAUCGGCGUGGACCGGGCGCCGUCCGACGGUCAGGCGCCCGCCGCCGUGAUGUCGCGGGUCGACCUGCAGACCACCGCGCGGGCCGAGAAGCACCUGAAGAUGGAGCCGCUGUGGAGGCUGGACUUCCAGAUGACGUGGAACACGGCCUGGCGGUGGUGGCUGGACCUGGCCGUCCAGGCUAUCAUCCACCUCUCCCUGGACGUGGGACCCUUCGCGAUCGUGCUCUGGCACGCCCUGGUCAGGCAGCGGCCCGCGAACCAGGUGAUGAGACUAUGCUUCGGUCGCGGAUUUUCGCUGUACGCGUGUUGGGCGACCACCAGCCAUAUUGUGAUAUUCCACAUCGCCUGGACGCUGAAUGACUAUGUGGCCAAAUGGUGGGCAUUCCGCAGGCUGUGGAAAACCGCAUGCGAGCGCGAGCGAGCAUGGGGCAUGUACGGUGUAGGCGGCGAGGACGACCCUCGACAAGUCAGCGUGACGCUUGUGAGCGCGACAGGGCUUCGCGCUGCCGAUAGCGACGGGCUUUCGGACCCAUACUGCGUCUGCCGGAUACGGGGCAAGUCUGGGUACGAGUUCCAGACUGAGCCCGAGCCGAUGGAGCUCAACCCCCGGUGGGAGCAUUGCCAGUCCAUGCCGGUGCUGGUCCGCGGCUCCACGCUGGAGUUCGAGGUGUGGGAUCACGACAUCUUGUCUGCGGACGAUAUCCUGGGCACAGCCACGCUCAAGCUCAGCUCGGCGGAGUGCGACCUGAGCGAGGUCGUCACGACCGACCUGGAGCUCGGCGGGCACCCAGAAGCGCAGGGGUCGCUGAGGAGAAGUCAAAAGGGGAAUGCGGCAUAG